CGCCUCCUGGUCGCAGCUGCAGCCGCCGUGCCAGCCCAGCCCAUGCCUCCUGGGCUGUGCCUCCGGGUGACUGCACCACCUGCGCCCGACAACCCGGGCCAGGAUGCCCGCCGGCUCCCAGCGCCCCGCAGACGGGCAGGAGACUGUGGACGCCCAGCCCGCAGCCCGCAGCAUGGAUUCGGAUUCUGGCGAGCAGAGUGAGGGUGAGCCCACCACCACUGCAGGUCCCGAUUUCUUUAGUUCCAAGAGUUUUGCCCUUCAAGCCCAGAAGAUUCUGAGCAAAAUAGCCAGCAAGACUGUGGCCAACAUGCUGAUCGAUGACACCAGCAGUGAGAUCUUUGAUGAGCUCUACAAAGUCACCAAAGAGCACACCCACAACAAGAAGGAAGCCCACAAGAUCAUGAAAGACUUAAUCAAGGUGGCCAUCAAAAUUGGGAUCCUCUACCAUAGGGGUAACAACCAGUUCAACCAGAAGGAGGUGACUAUCAUGGAGAAGUUCAGGAAGAAGCUGAACCAGACCACCAUGACUAUCGUCAGCUUCUAUGAGGUGGAAUACACCUUCGAUAGGAAUGUGCUCUCCAAGCUCCUGCACGAGUGCAAGGACCUGGUGCAGGAAUUGGUGCAGCAACACCUGACCCCCAGGACCCAUGGGCGCAUCAACCAUGUCUUCAACCACUUUGCUGACGUGGAGUUCCUCUCUACCCUUUAUAGUCUGGAUGGAAACUAUAGAUCCAGCUUCAAGAGGAUGUGUGAAGCAAUCAAUAAAUUGCUAGAUGAGAAAGUCCUCUGAAUAUCUUCCUUUCUCCUGGACUUUGCUGCGUUCCGGGUACAGCCUCCAGUGUGGUCUGGGUGAGAGCCAAUUAAACGGGAAGAAACCCUCGUCAAAGAUGCCCAUGUUCUGUCUUUUUCGUCCCUCUGAUGUGGAUGCUGAAUUGAGCUCAGGAGUG